AUGCUAGGCAUUGUGCAUUUCGCGAGCAUCAUCAUGAGAAAGCGACAGCUUUGUUGGCCGAUCCUCAUCAAGCACAAUGCCGCUAGAAUCACCGUGGAAGCAAUGGCCCCAGUCGGGCGGAAUGGUGCAGAAUGCAUCGGUCAUCGGUCCUUUUGUGCUGAGGCAGACAAUCUCAUUGUGGCCUUCAGCUGCGUAAGCAGUGCGGUAAGAGCUGCACUGGAAAUGCGGGCGGUUCUCAGUGCUUACAACCAGUCCCUGGAGGCCAUGGUGCCAUGGAAUGCCGCAACGUGCAGUUUUCAUGAGGAUCGCCAACACUUCUCCAUCGAGCUGAGUGGCAUCGGCCUGCAUGCUGGAAGGGGUCUCUUCGUCGAUUCCCACGGAGACCUCCUUGGAGAAGUGGCUCGGGGUGCCUAUUGCCUAGGCGAGGACCUUUGUGAAGAUUCUUCCAUCCUGGUGUCGCAGGCAGUGAGGUCCAAGCUUCUGGAUGAGGCCUUCUUUGCUCUUGCCGUGUUCCGAGAAGCUGGAGAAGAGCCAAACACCAAGAUCAAGUACUUCAUCCUGGAGGGCGACUUCGACUUACAUGUCGAGGUGGUGCCUGCGGAUGACCCGAGCUAUCUGCAGCCUUCCCUGCUCCCGCUCGCCCAAAGACAUGGCGCGGGAACAGAGAGCCUGGCCAAGCUCGACGAGACCAUCACACACCACUUCAGAUCCUACGCGGUGCUCAUGUUUCGAAGUGAGCCUUGCCCGCCGUACGACCAGGAUGUCUCCAGGCAACAGAAACUUGCCGGCAAGUGUCAUUCCUUCCCUGGUGAUCUCACUCUACGAGGACGGCGCAAGAGCUGGCCACACCCAUACUCCGGAGCUUUGCUGGCUGCGACCUUGAGGGAACUCGCUGGCUAUGGGUAUGGCCGGUAUGUUGCAUGUGCGCACAAGCUGACAAAGCUGGACAAGCUGGGGAGAGGAGUGGCUCCAGCGUGCCGGCCCGGCUUUAGGGAUGUGACGAAUGGCAAUGCCUUUGAUUGGGCUUGUGCCUUUCAUUGUCCCGGAGGCCCCUUUGCGACAGCUCAGUGCUCAUGCGCCUGCCUCUCUGAGAGACAGAGAGAGAUGCUUGGGGAACUGCAGCCUCCAGCACAAUCCGCCAGGGGUUCCGAUCUGCUGCUGACAACCACCCCAGAGCCUAGCAGAGAGCCACCCGAUCCAGUGAUAGAGGCUCCUGUUGGUGACUUGGGCGAGUCCGAGCAAGAUUCACGGAGGUUUGUGCGCGUCAACGAGUUUUUCGCUCAAGAACAGCAGACAACAACCUCCCAGCCUGAAGUGGAAAGGGACGGGAGCUUCGGAGAACUUGUGAUUCUGUCCUGCGCAAUCGUUUCACUGGCUGGCUCUGCUGCCAUAGUGGCUGUGGCCACGUGGGGUGGGUUUCGCAAGGUCCAGAAGGGCCCCAAAAUCCCAAAGAGGCAGGCCUGGGCUGAUCCGCCACGCGAGCACCCAAUGAGCCUUCCCGACGAGAAAUGCCCGGAGCCGGAGCCUCUAAGCAUUGAGGCCCUUGAGCCUCCAGCAUCUUCUACAGGUUCUACAGGCGCUUCCACAACAGGCAAGGACAAGCCAACCAUCCUAGAGCUUGAGCUGGAGCCGAGUAGCAUCAUCACCAAAAAGUGUGAUGCGGAAGGCCCCAGCUUGGCUGAGGCCGCUCAGGCCAGUCCAGUUUUCGAAAACGAGCAUUCACGGGGCGUGCAGAAACCCUUCCUUCCAGCAAUAAAGAUCUCUCGAGUUCAGCCCGUUUCCUAG